AAAUCUUAGAAGGUCUAAGAAGAAAAGUAUAUGUAUACUUUUUAUUGUUAGUGUGUGUUUCCUUUUAGUGACGCAAUUUGAUGGUCCAACGCAGUUAGAAUCAAGUGCAGCUGUCGCCUGUCAGUAGACGCCCAGCAUCCAAUAGUAAAUACAUGAUAAUAUUUUACAUCUCCAAAACAAUCUAGAAAUACUUUGGCUCAUCAGUAGAUUAAUUAAACAAUAAUUAUUAAUUAAUUUAUAAUUAAUAAAAUGAGUGGGAAUGCUGAUUACAAAUCAGCAAAAUCAAUUUAUGAUUUCGAAGCUGUUUCUAUCAAGGGUGAUGUUGUGCCCUUGUCAAAAUACGCUGGACAUGUGUGUGUGAUUGUCAAUGUUGCAUCAAAAUGUGGACUAACUGAGAAAAAUUACAAUCAACUCAAUGAACUCUAUGACAAAUAUGCUGAAAGUAAAGGAUUGAGAAUUUUGGCAUUUCCUUGUGAUCAAUUCAUGGGUGAAGAACCAGGUGAUAGUGAAGAAAUUUGCAGCUUUGCUAAACGACAAAAGGUACAAUUUGAUUUGUUUGAAAAAAUAAACGUCAACGGUGAUGAUGCUCAUCCACUGUGGAAAUAUUUAAAACACGAAAAAGGUGGAACAUUUGGCAGUGCUAUCAAAUGGAAUUUUACGAAAUUUAUCAUCGACAAAAAUGGAGUUCCUGUUGAACGACAUGGACCAACAAGUGAACCAAGCAAACUUAAUCUUGAAAAAUAUUUUUAAAAGCUUUAUAUUUGUAAAAAAAUUAUAUCUACAGGAUUUUUAUAUAAAUAAAUAUCAAAACUCAUAAUUUUUAUUUUAGUUCA